AUUUGCAAUUGUUUGGUUCUAUGUUUAUACUGCUUAGGUGAAAAUUAGAUGUUAUGUUUUGUGUUUGCUGAUGUGGCAUUCGAGAGGCAUUGAUAAUUAAAAGUAUACAUGCAUUCAUGUUCUGUAAAAGUGAGUGAUGCGGUACCAACUGUCGUGGUACCAACUGUCGUGGUACCAACUGUCUGUAAUAAUGGAAGCAGACAGAUUGAUAUUAACAACAAAAACCACCCAUACUGUCGCACAUAUCGCCAAAUCCAAGGUAUAGACAAACUAAAGCCAAAUCAAAUGGGCAAAACAGCUCGGGUUGUGAUGUGUGGCUUAAGAAAAGUUGGAAAAACAGCAGUACUUGAACAACUAAUUUAUGGAAACAUUUCAAAAUCCACUGAGUUGCAUUCAACAAUAGAAGACAUAUAUGUAGCCAAUAUUGAAACAGAUCGUGGUACAAGAGAAAAGGUCCGGUUCUACGAUAUAUGUGGCUUAGAUCAACCACUUCCAAACAGUCCAGCAUCACGAGAUCAACCGCAGUUGCCACGACAGUAUUUUGGACUUGCAGAUGGCUAUGUUUUAGUCUAUGAUACUGACAGACCAGAGUCUCUUGAUGCCCUGAUUGCAUUAAAAAAGGAUAUAGACAGGAACAGAGAAAAGAAAGAGAUGGUGCUAGUAGUUAUUGGAAAUAGAAUUAAACAGUCAGAAGUUGGCAAUCUAGAGAAUACUGCCAGUAAGGCAGCUCACUGGGCUGCAAGGGAGAAAAUAAAGCAUUUUGAAGUGAAUGCCAUGGAUAGGAGCACUCUGUUUGAACCUUUCGUGUACCUUACAUCAAGACUCAACCCACCACCAAAUAAAAGCACUUUCCCACAGUUGAGCAUGGUUAGGAAAAGUAUUGGAAGGCCUGACACAAAUUAACAGCACUAUUACAUUGGUGUAAUUAUCCUAAGAACUGGAUCAGUUUAUACAGCAUUUACUACCAGCUUGCUUUUUUCUGCUGGAGCCAGUACAGCAGUUGACUAUGGGAUGUGUAUUUUAUCUAGCUAAUAGAGAGCGACUCUGAGACCUAUCAUUUAAAAAUGUGGUAUUAGCCCACCAAAUGUUUUUUGCAAAUGUUGCAGAUCUAGAAGGCUAUUGUUUUGUGUUGAGCUCAGCAGCUCAUUUUCAACAGAAGGGAGAAUGGAGGGAUAAGCAUGAGAUUUACAGUAUUGGCAAAGAGUGUAACUGGGUGUUAUUGUUUUGUUUUUUUAUCUUGUGAAAAAAAUUGUGUAAUAAAACUAAAACAUUCAUCUGUUCUGCUUUUGUGCUUCUUGUUAUUGGUUGGGUCUUCAUUCCAUAUUCACUAUAUGAUUGUUAAUAGUUAUUAUAAAUAGUGAGUAUUGAGGCUGUUAUUUUGUAAUGAACAAUAAUCCUGCUGUUCUGUUCCAAUUUACUUUACAUAAAAUCUAUUCAGAACAAUAUGCUCUGACUCUCAUCCCUGUGUCUGAGUGACCUACCCUUUCUUUUCAACCUACACCAAACUUGUCUCACUGAGAAAGGAAGGAAUAGUUUUGAAAUCGAAAAUAGUUUCUUGUACUUUAUUGUGUGUCUAUUGGCAGUACAGAAAAAUUUGCCUUCUGCAGGUAAGUACUGACCAGGAAUCCUGUCUCAUAAUUUUAUAGUUUGCUUAAGUGAGUUUUCUGCUGUCUAUGACAAAAUUUUGCAGCAAAAUAUCACUUAAAUAUUCUACACAAGCAAGCAUUAUGAGCUUUACAGUUAUGUGUGUUGCAGUUUUCACGCAACAGGAUUGUCUUGAUGUUCUUGAUAGUCCUAAUUGAUUUUUCCAAACUUGGAAGAUGUGUUUUUGGUGCAAUGUGUUUCUUUGUGAAUAAUUUCACUAGUUCCACUGAGAAUCCACUAAUUUCUGUCAGUUUAUGUGAAUACCAACUAGGAUCUACUGUAGUCUGCAAGACACAAAUAUAAUAAUCAGAAACAACAAGAUGUUGGAAAAAAAAAACAAAACCUGUCUCUGUCAAUUCGUUUUUCAUUUGCAGGCACAAGUACUUACAUGAUACUGGAAAGUCACCAAAUGUUUUCCAACAGACGUUUUUAUUGGGAUCUCACUGUUUGGGUCACCUAUUUCCCAUGUUUAUUUCAUGUUUUUCCUUUUAGUGUGUACCUCUUUGGAGUUGGUGAAAGAAGAUAUCUGAUAGUUGUGGUGGGACUCCUGUGGCUGCUUUGCAUUUCAGCCUCAAACAGUCAUGCAAUGUGAUUUUGUUUGGCAGUGCCUCAGUGUUGUCAUUAUUGUGUUGAAGAUUUUAGUGUUUUGCCAACAGCCAUUUGCACUUCACAGUUGAAAGCUGGCAACAGCUCCAUCAGCUGCCAGGCACCUUCUUCCUAUGACUCUACUAUUAGUGUAUUACCAGUAAUUCCUUUCAGUAUUUACUCGCAAGGAUCAUACUCCAACAUAACUUACAUUCCUUAUCUCUCCUUAUAUUUGCUACUCAUUCAUAAUGGAUUCCUGCCCCUUCUACUUGUAUCAUUUCAGAAAAGCCUUUCUAUCCCUAGCUAGCAAAGACCUAUUUCCACAUCAUUUUUCUUUAAUGCUGCCCCAGCUGUGGAAUUCCUUAAUGACAAACUAUAAAAAUUCCAUUUUCUGGAUCCCACCCUCUAAAUCUUCAGACUCUGCCAUUCUGUACUCCUUAGAAAUGCAGUACUACAGAAUCAAAUUUCCAUGGCACAGGCGUCCCUUUAAGAUUCUCGUAUUUUGCAACCCAAUUUCCUACAUCCCAUAUUCCAAUUAGUUAGUUUUUUGCUUUCCAAUAAUUAGAACAACAUUGCAAAUAUCAUCUCAAAGUAGUUAUCCAAUUUAUUGUGUUCCUACACUUGCCACAGAAUACCACUGCUCAAGACAACCUAUCCAACCCCUGGGGACCAAGUCCCCUCCCCUCCACAAUAACCCCCCUGGUGCCCAGACCCUUGCUCACCUCUUCCAUUUGUCACAUUCCCUGAAACUCUCUCGCAUCAACCCACAAAACUCAGAACCCAAAAACCCACAACUCUGUUGUUAAAUUAUCAAUUAGGAACUAUAGUCAUUCCUUGAAUCCAUUUCCUUCCCUAUCCUAAAUCCUGGCUCUCUUGGACUCCCAUUGUAACUUACUCCUGUACUCCCAUGGAAAGAAUCUCUGCCCAAGUUGACCAACAUCUCCAACUUAUUGCCUGCUACUUAACUUCUUCCUGAAUUGAGGAUAGAAACCACUUCCUUCAUUUCCUGUCCGCUGUCCUACCUCAUUACCAAAUGCGUCCUUGCGUGUCACUGUAGACACAACCUCACUAUAUGGUAACGUACUCCAAUUCCACAACCUUGCCCCUAUCGAACAUUACAUUGCCCAACAUUUUGCCAACCCCAAAUGGCCAUUUCAUUUCUCAUUAAUAUGUCAAACUAUGUCCUUACACAUAAUUCCAUAACUCCUCCUCCUUUGAGGAGAAGAAUCACCCACCUUACAGUCAAGCCACCUGUAGAUUGUGCAUGUGCAGUUACAAUAAAUCCAUUUUCCAGUGUGCUGACGAUAUUUACAGAUAGGUGCUACCCUCCAAACGUAGUUCACAAAACAUUUCCCAUGCUAUAUAUACACACCUGGUCCUAAUUCUCUUACCACCUCCACAAAUGAUCUACUAAGGAUCAGCCUCAUUGUUACCCAUAUCAUUCCAGAGUGGAACAACUUUGCCACUCUCCCAGUCUGUGAAACAUUCUGAUCCAUCUGUAGGCUACAACUGCACCAACCCCUUGUCACAUGGGUUGUACCCUGAUAAAAGCCCCAAAUCCAAAACCUGUUCUAUGUCCCUGAUAUAGCUUAGCUCAGUAUAUUCCAGUCCCUGUCCCAUCAAGUGCAGGGCCACUUGUGAAAGCAGUCAUGUCAUAUAUCAACUCUGCUUUAAUGUCAACACAGUCUGUUGUCUUGGCAUUAAGUGCAUCUUGGCAUUAAGUGCCCACACAAAUGAAUGACAACCACAAAGACCAAAGUUGACCAACUAGUGGCAGAGCACAAAGUGUGUGACUAUAGUUGUUUUCUAAUGACCUGUGGCAUUUGGAUUCCCAUCAACACCAACUUCUUUGUAUUCUAUAGAUGAGAUGUGUCCUUGUAACACAUCCUUUGAUUGUGCUAGCACCCUGACAUCAACUUGGCUAACCCGUCUUCAUGCACCUCCACUUGCACAUCUACCUCCACCCCUGUCUACGUGCUUUCCAUCCUCCAGCUUCACUCUAGCUCGGCUUAUCUUUUGAUUAAUCUACACCCACACACAACUGUAUCCAUGUUUUUUCUCUCAUGUUUCUGGACUGAUUUUUCUUCUUUAUACGGUUGACAUUACUUGCAUUAUUAUACGAGAUGAAACCCUUCAUAAAACAACACUAAAUCUCCAAAAAAUGUGAAUAUCAGAUGUUGAAGUAAAAAGAGUUCAUGUUGGAUCCUAUUGAACUUUACAGAAGUGAUGGUUAACUCAUGGCUCUUGAGUUUUCCAAAAACUCAGCAAAUGUUGUUAACAAAGGAGUAUUGGUAUGGGGUGUUACAGGACAGGACAGAACAUCAGGAAUAAGAACAUAAGGCAUUUACGUGUUUGUGAAAACAUGUGACUUGCUAGAGAUGGUUUGAUCUGAGCAGAGAAGUUGCAUAGUGAUAAGACUGACAAGUUUCAACCUGUAGAUACUCAGCUUAAAAAUUAAAGGCAAUGUGUUUUGUUUCUUGUUUGAGAUAAUUAAUUUGAGGUAACUUAUAUGUUGCAAUUAACAUUUUCAUCCUUUCCUUUUUCAAAUUAUUAUUUCUUUCUAAAAUGUAAGCAAUGAGUGUUUUGGUUUGAAUUGUAUAAUCUCCCCUCCUAAGUUAGCCCAUACACACCCUGAUGUGUUCAUUACUUGUGUAAUAUUAAUGUAUUUUUGUCAACACUUAAAAAAUGAUAAAUUGUGAAGACUUCUUGAGUUAAACUCAGCGUCUUAGUUUUAGAAAAACAUUUAAAAACUAUUGGCCACUAUCUUGACAGCCAGAAUUUGCAGUAUUGUGUACAAGUCAACUGUACAAUCUAACCCCAGUGUUCCAGUACAGGUAAAGCAGGCUGCAUUCUUAUGGCAAAUGCUAUAAAAUGAGACAAGAGUAAGUUAUUUUUGGUGAUUUCUGUUUUAAACUGGGGAAAUAUAAUGUGCAAUUAAUGUAUGUAAUACAGUAUUUGUUGCAGUGUUAUUUACCUGUGAUAAUAUUCCAUAUUCCUUGUUAUUUCUUGGCACAUUCUGUGCUGUGCUUUUGGUUAUAAUUAUGUCAAGUGAGGUUUUGUGAAAAUAACAACACAGGAAAAUAUUUUUAUAAAUAAAAUGAUUGAUCACAAUUCAGAAAUAGGCACCACAUUUUCACACUGAAAGUA